AUGUUUGCUGAAAAUACUACGAGAUCUGCUGGUGCGGAUCUGACAGCUGCUAUAGUACCAUUGUCGAAGCUGCUAUGCCUAACAGUCAUAGGGCUACUUCUUGCAAACCCAAGAAUGCAAUUCAUUCCUAGAGCUACAUUUAAACUCCUUAGUAAACUUGUGUUUGCCCUGUUCUUGCCAUGCCUUAUAUUUACUGAGCUAGGUGAAAGCAUUACCCUUAAAAACUUUGUGGAUUCGUGGUUUAUCCCCGUUAAUGUGCUAGUGAGUACAGCUAUUGGUUGCUCACUCGGUUUCUUAGUGGUGAUCAUAUGUAAACCACCUCCAGAGUUAAACAGAUUUACUAUUAUAAUGACAGGAUUUGGUAACACUGGAAACCUCCUCCUUGCUGUGGUUGGAUCUGUUUGCCAUACUAAAGAUAAUCCAUUUGGGAAGCAUUGCAACACUAGAGGGGUGGCAUAUGUUUCUUUAUCUCAAUGGGUUUCUGUUAUCCUCGUGUACACUCUUGUUUAUCACAUGAUGGAACCUCCUAUGGAGUAUUACGAAAUUGUUGAGGAAGGGGAUGAAAUCCAGGAAGAGCGAACAUUGAAUGAUAUCAGUAGACCACUCCUUGUAGAAGCUGAAUGGCCUGGCAUUGAGGAGAAAGUGACUGAGCAUUCUAAGACACCGUUUAUUGCUAGGGUAUUUAAAAACAUCUCAGGUAUUUCCUCGUCCAAUAUUCCUGACCUUGAAGUGACAACAGAAAAUGGUGGGAAUAGUCCAAAAUCCAUUAGAUGUUUGGCUGAACCUAGAGUUGUCAGGAGGAUCAGAAUUGUUGCUGAACAAACCCCCAUUCAGCACAUACUUCAACCCCCAACAAUUGCCUCUCUAUUGGCUAUCAUUGUUGGCACAGUGCCUCAGCUGAAAGCUGUGUUCUUUGGAUCUGAUGCUCCGUUAUCUUUCAUUACAGACAGUUUGGAGAUUUUAGGUGGGGCAAUGGUACCUUCUGUGAUGCUUAUAUUGGGGGGAAUGCUUGCUGAAGGACCAAAUGAGUCUAAACUGGGACUUAAAACUACUAUUGGUAUAACUGUGGCAAGACUCCUGGUGCUUCCUGUCCUGGGAAUUGGGAUUGUGGCUUUGUCAGAUAAGCUAAAUUUCCUAGUUGAGAAUGAUGCUAUGCUCAAAUUUGUGCUUUUGUUGCAUUACACCACACCAAGUGCUAUUUUACUGGGAGCAAUUGCCAGCUUAAGAGGUUAUGCAGUUAGUGAAGCCUCAGCUGUUCUCUUCUGGCAGCAUGUAUUCGCUCUUCUCUCCUUUUCGUUGUACAUUGUAAUCUACUUUAAAAUUAUUAUGUAUGUUUGA